CUGACAAACGGUGGAAAACAUCGUGAUGAAACCUGGAUGAGGAAAAUUAGACUCCAAAUAUGGUAAUCUGAAUUCGGCAACCCAAAACUCGCUCCACGUCACUCAUUGAGAAGAUAGACAAAUUACGACAAAGGUAAUUACAAUUAACCAAUAUACAUUAAUUACUCGUUAGUAACGAGAACUGUUAAUUACAAAUUUUAGAAUAUAAACUCUCGUUUUUGGGAAAUCAAACAGUUCAUUUUUGGAUUGCGGAAAGUAACAUCAAAAUGAAGUGUUUAAUUUUUGUCUUGUUUGUCGCUGUUAUCGCCAUGGCUUCUUAUUCCGAAGCCCAUCUUCACCUUAGAUGUGAGCAGCCGAUAGAGAAAGGAAGGUGCCAUGGCCAUUUCCCCAAAUAUGGCUAUGACCAGGAGAAGAAGGAGUGCGUCGAAUUCGUCUUCAGUGGAUGUGGGGGCAACACCAACAGGUUCCACACCAAGAGGCAUUGUGAGAUCUCAUGCAUGCUUUAGAUGAAAUAAAGUCAACCAUCAAUUUGUGUCCUUUUAUUUACCUUGCAACAUCGUAAUAUCUUGA